UCACUCUGACAGCUCCAGGAUCGCAUUCGACCGCAGCUCUGAACUGGCAGAAAAAAAUAAAAUAAAAUCAGCUACCUAAAAACACAAAGAAAAACGGCAAAAGAAGAACAAAAGUUUCACAGGAGAAUUCAAAGAAGCAGAUCUUGGGCGGUCUACGCGAGGACACACAGGGACACAUCAUGAAUGAAAGCGAUCGUGAGUUGUCGGCGAUGGUGCAGGAGCUAUGGGACAAUGAUGUAAAUCGACUGAAACCAGGGAAGGACUACCGGAUCUCUCUACAGGGAAAAGCUGGGGACACCAUGUCGGUGAACGACGGCAACGACAGAGCCGGAUCGCCGCUCUUCACGUUUGUGGAUGAGAACAUUUUCAAAAAGGAGACCUUCUUGGCCUUCAUUUCCCUGCUUGAUAACUAUGAGAGCGAUACCGGCGAGCCUGAGGUCGUAACCCCAGAAGAAAUCGCAGAAAACCACAAAUUCCUCGACGCCAUCAUACAGAGUCCUACCAUGAAGCUUGCCCAUAAGUACCUGGCUGAGAAGCAACUUUCCCCCAAAGACACAAAUGGCUUCAAGCAGCAGCUCUACCGGAUCUGGUUUGAGCUUUAUGCCAGGAGAGGGUCAAGCAGGCCAGACUCCUCAGGGUUCGAACAUGUGUUUGUCGGGGAGACACGAGGAGGCCGAACCGUCAUUGGCUUCCACAACUGGAUCCAGCUCUACCUGCAAGAGAAGCUGGGGCACAUCGACUACAAGGGCUACAGUGUGAAUGCACACUCCCCCCAACCUGAUGCAGAGAAACACAUCUUGGCUCUGCAGUUCAGCUGGAAGAACGGGAUCAAACCAAAAGGCAGCAUUUUCAUUGGAGUCAGUCCUGAGUUUGAGUUUGCCCUCUACACCCUGUGUUUUCUGACCUCCCCCAAUGAGCGUGUCAAAGUGUCCUUCAGCCUCUAUGAAGUGGAGAUUGUUUGCCAUCACUACAACCAGAAGCAUAUAGGCACCACCUACCCUGUCCUUGUGAAAUACCAUACCAAGUGAGCGGACAUGGCCUUCACAGCACACUCACAGC